UCCCUUUUACGCUCCGGACUCUGAAUCUCGUUCCCCAAUUCAUCCAUUCGCUAACCCCAGAACCCGUCAUCUUCAACCUCCACAACCGCCGUCGCCGCCGCCAAAACCGCCGACGUCUGAUCUUAUUUGGCCCAUUUUCCCCCUCACCCCUGCUCCUCUCGCCAGGAAGUAGAAUAAAAUGGGUAGUAAGAGUAGGAAAGAAAGGAGGUCUAGAAGAUCAGAUGAUUCUGAAUCAGAGUCGCCUUCUUCACGCUCAGAUGAUUCAGACAGCCGUGAUUCAUCCCCUGAGAGGGGUUCCAAGAGGCGGCAGAGAAGCAGUCGUCGCAGCAGUCACGUAAGCAGCAGUAGUCGAUCCCGGAGGCAGAGUAGGCAUGACUCAGAUAGUUCCUAUGAAGAUGACAGUGAUGAUAGUGCUGAUAGGGGUGGUAGCAGGAAUAAGAAAAAAUCCUCCAGGAACAUCACUGAAGAGGAAAUAGCACAGUACUUGGCUAAAAAGGCCCAGAGAAAGGCUUUGAAAGUUGCUAAGAAAUUAAAGACUAAUACUGUAUCUGGGUAUUCAAAUGACUCGAAUCCGUUUGGUGACUCUAAUCUUAAUGAGAAGUUUGUCUGGCGUAAGAAGAUUGAGCGCGAUGUUUCUCAUGGGGUGCCUAUUGAUGCUUUUUCAGUUAAAGCUGAGAAAAAGAGACAGAGAGAAAGGAUGGCUGAAAUUGAAAAAGUGAAAAAAAGAAGAGAGGAAAGGGCACUUGAGAAAGCACAACAUGAGGAAGAGAUGGCUUUGUUAGCUAGAGAACGUGCUAGAGCUGAGUUCCAGGACUGGGAAAAAAGAGAAGAGGAGUUUCAUUUUGAUCAAAGCAAGGUUAGGUCAGAGAUUAGAUUGCGUGAAGGGCGUGCCAAGCCAAUUGAUGUUCUAACCAAGCAGCUGAAUGGCUCUGAUGAUUUGGAUAUAGAAAUAAAUGAACCAUACAUGGUCUUCAAGGGUUUGACGGUGAAAGAAAUGGAAGAGCUUCGUGAUGACAUCAAAAUGCAUCUGGACCUUGACAGGGCCACCCCCACCCAUGAACAAUAUUGGGAGGCACUUCUUCUGGUGUGUGAUUGGGAGCUAGCUGAAGCACGAAGAAAGGAUGCACUUGAUCGAGCUAGGGUGCGAGGAGAAGAACCUCCAGCCGAGCUGCUUGCAGAAGAAAGGGGUCUGCAUGCUAGUGUUGAGGAGGACGUGAAGAAGCUUUUGGAGGGGAAGACACAUGCAGAGUUGGAAGCUUUACAAGCUCAUAUUGAGUCAGAGAUGCGUACUGGUACUGCAAAGGUGGUUGAGUAUUGGGAGGCUGUUUUAAAACGUCUCCAUAUAUACAAGGCCAAGGCUUGUUUGAAAGAAAUUCAUGCCAAAAUGUUGCGCAAGCAUUUGCAACUACUUGAACAACCAUUGGAUGGUGAGGAUAAAGUGGAAGAUGCUCAUGCUUUCAAAUCUGAGGAAGAAACUGAGGAUCUCAAGGUCCGAUCCGCAGAUGAAUCAUUUUCACCAGAGCCCAUUAGAGCAAAGGAACAUGAAGUUGAAGAUGAGCCCGGGUCAUUUUCGCCAGAACUAUUGCACGGUGAUGAAGAUGAGGAAGCCAUUGAUCCUGAAGAAGAUCGGGCACUAUUGGAGCGGAAACGUAUGGCUGUAUUGGAAGAGCAGCAAAGACGUAUUCAGGAAGCGAUGGCGUCAAAGCCUGCUCCAUCUGAAGAUAACUUCGAGAUGAAAGCCAUGAAAGCUAUGGGAGCUAUGGAAGAUGGAGAUGCAGUGUUUGGCUCUGGUGCUGAAGUGAAUCUAGAUUCACAGGUUUAUUGGUGGCACGACAAGUACCGGCCAAGGAAGCCGAAAUAUUUCAAUCGCGUUCACACUGGAUACGAGUGGAACAAAUAUAAUCAGACUCACUAUGAUCAUGACAAUCCACCUCCAAAGAUUGUGCAAGGGUAUAAAUUCAAUAUUUUCUACCCUGAUCUUGUAGACAAGACAAAAGCCCCAACCUACACUAUUGAGAAGGAUGGCAGCAAUGGCGAGACUUGCAUCAUAAGAUUCCAUGCAGGGCCGCCAUACGAAGAUAUCGCUUUCCGCAUUGUUAACAAGGAAUGGGAGUAUUCUCAUAAGAAGGGAUUCAAGUGCACCUUUGAGCGUGGAAUUUUACACGUUUACUUCAAUUUCAAACGCUACCGUUACCGCCGAUAAUCUCAGGUGCCGAUUCACUUUCCGGAGAGGUUUCCAUUUUACAUGUGUAUUUGGAUGUUAUGAGAGACAUGGGAGGAUCUUUCCAUAGCAGCAAGAGAUUGCAAUUACGCUUGGUUUAUCUGUCAUGGCUUUCACAUUUGUUGGAAGGAACUGUAUGAAUGUUACUUGAAGCAAAAUUUUGAUUGGUGUAUGAUAUGAUAUAUAUUUGACAUGAAUUUUUGAAGUAGAAAGCAAUAGUGAAAUACAAAGUAACUUCACAU